AUGGGUAACUUUUUGGACCUUCCUUUUUCUUAUCAGCAAUGAAUUCUCGAGAAUGCUCCAUGUUUGAGCCUUUAGAUAUCGCGGAGAUCCCAUGCGGUUCGAACUCACCAGUGAAUGUAAAGAACAAACUUUUAAAUUUCGGGCUCUCGUGUUAAACGCCCUAUUUUGGCUUUUUUUAGAUUCUUUCUCUGUAUCUUUUUCCUUUCUCUAUCUCACUCUUCAAUUCAAACACUCUGUGAGAAUUUCGAGACAAGAAGAUUCGAAAAGUGGCCAACUUUCGACUGCUUCGCGAACGCGUUGCAACACUACAGUACCGUCCAAAAAGAAAUCAACCGUUAGGUUUUUUGCCAUAACUCUCUUUAAAGUGUGGGAUGCUCAACGAAACUUGGAUAUAAUAUGAACUCCGGUAUAUCAAACUCUCCAAAAGCUUUUCAGACCAUUGAAAAAUAUAACAAAGAAAAAGUUAAUUUGUAUUGAACUUUUGAAAAAAAGCCGGUUUUUACAACAUCGGGGAACCGGGGGAAAAAUGACCCAUAAACCAAACGAAUCUCAGAGAUAUCGAUAUAAAUUUCAAGAGGAGGUUCAAUAUGUUGUAGCAGCACCCUUUGAAUCGAUGAAAGCUUGGCAUCCUCGCGGCAUGCUGUCGAUGAGCUUGUCGAUGCAGGUCUGAUCGAUCUUCUUCCAUUCUUUUUCAUGUUGCGAAAAUUUUUCAGCCACAUUCGAUGUUUUUUUGUUUGCCAGUCUUUUCUACAGGUCUUCCCACAUCUUUUCGAUGAUUUUGAGGUCCGGACUUUGGCUCGGCCAGUCGAGACGACGAACUUUUCUGCAGUAGAACCAGUUGCAGACGUCCUUGGAUUGAUGUUUGAAAUCGUUUUCGUCCCGGAAAAUGAAAGCCCGGUCAUGAACUCGAAGUGCAAAUGAACUCAUCUUCUUCUCAAGGAUCUCCUAGUACAUAUUCCGAUUCAUGAUACCCACGAUCCGGUGCAGUGGACCCAAUCCAAGAGCGGAGAAACAACCCCAUAACAAGUACAGUCCUCCACCAUGCUUCAUCGUCGGAAGUUGACGUUUGGGGUAGAACAAAAUCGAAAAAAUAUUUCGAAAUCUUGAAACGACAAUGACACAUAUUUGGCGAAAAUUUGCAAGCAAUCUACGAAGCAGAAAGAAAGUUUUGGCAAAAAACCCCAAAGUUGAUUUCUUUUUGGGCGGUACUGUAUCUCGAAUGCAUUGCAACUCUAUUUCUUUGUACUUGGACGCUAAUUCUGAGGGUUGAAAAAAAUGAUGACAUCUUAAAAAUUUCUUCAAUCGAAAUUCGUUCUUUAUUCGAAAAUUAAUCGAAAUUCGCUUUUUCAGGUUGUACUAAAGUUCGCCAGAAAAGACAAAUUUUUUACAUCUCCAUGACACUUUUUUGCACACUGUCAUCGGUUCUCGCUGAAGGUUUUUUUAAAAUUCCUUAGCACUUGAAUGGUAUCAGAGUAAUUUUUUUGUCUUCGAGUCUUGUCCGCGCCUCUUCCGACGAUCAUUGAUUACCUUUUUUUCACAGAAAUCUUCCCUUCGCUCGCGGUCUGUUUCGGUUCGCGCCUUUGAUACAACAUAACUCACAUUUCUGAAAACUUUUCAGAUGUUCGUAUAGUCCGUUCAGUUUUUGAAUGUCAAUUAUAGUCAAUGUUUCCCGACUUGAAAGGCGAUGCAAGGGGCGGGACGCGUAGCGUGUGCGUACGCGGUUCUUGGCACGAGUUCAAUUCAACCGCCAGCGAGCAUUCAGAGAGCUCAUUUUUCGCUCUAUUCACUUCUUUUUUAAUUAUUUAUUGAUUAUGUUAAUUUUUGCAUCAAAAAUUAGUAGAAAAUACAGAGAAAGAGCGGUUGCCGAGCUUUUUAAGUAGUCGGCGGCAAUUUUUAUUGAACUGGCGCCAAGAACCGCGUACGGACACGCUACGCGUCCCGCCCUCGCCCCUGCCUCCCCCUUUCAAGUCGGGGAACAUUGACUACAGAAUGACGUCAUUCGAAAACACUCUGUGGAUGGCUCGCUCUCUGAUUGGUUUGUCGCGCCAUUAGGGGCGGAGCUUAAGGGAGGACUUGACAUUUAAAAUCUGAACAGACUGUAUACUCAUACUUUGGCUAGGGCUCCAUGGGAAAAUCACGGACAGGCCGCGGGCGUAGAUUAGAGUCUGCAAAAAUGAUCUUCAAACCAUUUUGAAAGAUAAAAACAUUGACCAUUGGUUUCAUAAUGACACUUUGAGAGAUCAAAAUUUGACAUUUCAUUUUAAAUGAUCUCUCAUUAUGAGAAAAUCAAGAAAAAUGAAGGGAAAAUCUCCGUAUUUUCUCAUCUGUCGCAAAAACGAAACGACACGGGCGGGUCCAAAGGUCUCAAAAAGGACUUUCGAAAAAAACCCCUCAAGAGAUCAAAUGUAGAAGGGGCAUACAAAAAAAAAUACACGCAAAUAAAAGACUACCGAUUACGCAGCUCAAUAAUGAAAUAACUACCCAGUCAUCAUCCCGAUUGAUUUUUGUAAAAUGCUGGAUAUUUUCGAAUAUUAUUUCCAGAGGUAUGCUGCACUAAAUCGGCUUGGGCGUAUCCGACCGGGGAGGCAGUUCCACCGGAAUGCGACAAAAACGGGGUCACAUGCACUGAAGGGCUAAUACACGUUGAGAAGCCGUUAAAAAGUUCGAAAUCAAUUGCUGGCUUAUUGGGAAGAGUAAAAAAAAGCGGCCCCAUAACGAUUCUCGACAACACCGAUUUGGUGAUUUCUAUCGACAUGCUAGAAGAAAUCGUUCACAACGGACCAGGUAUGACUUUUUGAAAUUAAAAACUAAAAGAAACUGAUCAUUUUUGAAAAUAUAAAAAUCCUGCUUAACCAACGCUUUACUCUGCGUAUUUUUUCCCUAAUACUUCAUUUUAACUCAUUUAAUCAGCGGGGCGGGACGACUGCUCGAAACAACGCAUCUUUGACUAUAAUUUUUUAGUCUGAACUUUAUUGAUAAUUUUUACAGGUCCAGCUGUUCACUUGAGGGAUCCGAAGUUAGCAGAUGGUACCUGUUUUACGAGUCUGAAAAGAAUUAUAGUGGAUGAACCUCUUCGGUAUUGCAAGAAACGAGAUCUUUUGCUUUUCGAAGGAAACGUGACGCCAGAAGUGAAAGAUCUGCUCGAAAAAGCUGCCAAUGAGGUGAUUUCAGUUUAUAUUUUGUUUCGAGCAGGAAAAACUUAAAAUUUUCGAAUCGCUCAAAAAAAAAAGGGAAAGUGUCAGGUUGAGCGUUUGAGAAUGCAGCAGUAUUCUCAAACAGGCGACGGAUGUAUUCAUGGGGCGUGGCUAUAUACAAUGUGUGCAGGCUAAGACAGGCCUGCCCGGGCCGAGCCUCUCGGAAUCUUUAACGUCUCCUGAACGAUCAUGAACGGCAGUGUACUGAGAAACUUUUGAAGGGUCCCUAUAGGGGGAUUUAUAGAGGGCCCUAAAAUCGUCCCUAUAGGGGUAAAAAAAUUUUUUGGUUUAAAAAUCUUUUCGUCCUGUUUGAUAACGUAGAAUUCAUCUUUUUUUGAUAAUUCGUAAUAUUUUAUUGAUGAGCGAGUACGAAAUAUAGGAAAUAUACAAAAUACUGUAAUCUGCGAGCGACGACUUGAAAUUUCACCGAACGACAUUCCGCUGUUCCGCUGCGCGCAUUCGCGAAGCGUCUUUCGAAUCUAGGUCACGCUUUUGAUUGAUUGUUUUUCCUGUGAGAGCACAGGAAAGUGAAGUAUCUUAAUAAAAGAAAAAAAAGUUGAAAGUGCGACCAAGGUUCGCAAAGGCGCCAGCGGCAGAGCGGAAUGUCGUUCGCUAAAAUUCUAAGUCGUGGUACACAGGCUAUCGAAUGGGUUCAUCAGGUAAACAAAUGAGCUUCAAAAAAAAGUGAUCAGUUUCAAUCAGCACUGUCUCCUUCUUGUUCGUCCUCAGACUCAUCGGCUUCCUUAGCCAAAGAUUUUGAAAAUUCACACAACUAAUCAUAAUUUCUCAAGCCAGCGCCGAGUGAAGUUUAGAAGGAAAUAAUAUUAGAACAAUAUAGAAAUCAAACCGAAGAAAACUUUCGGUUUUUGUUGUUACACAUAGAAUAGAUUGUGCUUAAAUAAUUGCUAACAGAUUUCAUAACAUUCACAUGAAAUAAAUUCAAAAAUUGAAAUAAACUUUCCAAAAAUCUUGAAAAACUUAUAUUUUAAAAGUUACUUUUUCUAAACUUUUCCAAAAACUACAUAGGCAAAGUCGGGAGGACCCUCCGAGGAUCCAUAAAGACUCCAUAGAAAUGUUCCUUUUAGGGUGAUGAAGGCUCCCUUUUUGCUGCCUCUUCCUUUCGCCACCAUUUCUCAAGCCUUUGAAAUCUAAGAAAGAUGAAAGGCUUGAAAAAUAUAGGGGCCCUCUUUGCUGCCUUUUGCUGUCUUUCUGCGGCCUUUUGGAGCUUCUCCCCUUUAGCGACCUUUAUCCACCGUUCCGACUUUGCCCGAGUACGUAAACCAGAAAACGAAACCAACCUUAAUUUUUUUAUACUUGAAAAACUGAUGGUUCUAGUUAAAAUUAUCGAAAAUUUUGAGGUUAAAACGCGCCGAGUAGCAGAAUGACGGAAUCCUACACCAUUUCUACACAUUUUUUCAAAAACUUUGUUAGGAAUAUGGAGCUUCGAAAAGUCCAAAAAUCGAAAGUAUAUUUCAAAAAUUUUCGGAAAUUUACUAAGGAAAUUGCCAGUAAUUCGGCAUCUCAAAAACUCUAGAAAAGCCGGCAAAACCGGCAAUCGAUUGCCGCACAGCACUGUUUCACAGUCCAUAAAGACAAAAAAAUGUUUUGAAUUUUUGAAGUCUACCCUAUUUAGACGCUUUCCGGCUGUGAAAGUUUGACGACGCCAAUACCCACGUCUGCAACAUUAAACUGGACGACGACAAUCAGAAGCCUGCCGACGACAUCGAACGGCAUCGCGGUUGUUCCGCCAUUAUGUGUUCAGAGUUCUGCCGCCGCCUCAGCCCAUGAAAAAUUGAAAUGUCCGAGCAAAAGUAAUUUCAACGGUUUUUCGUGUUUUCAAGGAUGAUCCUGAUUUAAGACGGAAUACUGGCCGCGGGUAUAAUAGUUAUUGUUAUUCUUCUGGUCCUCCUGGGCAUUUCAAUGUCUGUCUCCAUCAAACUCUACUUCUUCAGGAAGCAGGAGGACGCCGCUUUUGCCGCCUUUGGUAACUACAUAAUUUAG